AUGCCUGAAAUUGAACAAAGAUUGGAAAAUGAUGAUUUAAUUCCAUUAUUUGGUUAUGAUCUUAUAAAACAUUGUUCAAAAAGAAAAGAUACAUUAAUUGCUUAUCCAAUUGAAAUAUGUAUUCGUCUAUUAGAAAAUAGUUUAAAUGAAGAAGGUCUUUUUCGUAUUGCACUAUCACAAGGAAAACAAAAAUCAUUGGAAACAACAUUAAAUGAACUUAAUUAUGAUCCACAUGUUCUUGCAAGUACACUUACACAAUAUUGA